UAGAGUGGCAGUCUGGGCAUGCCUAAGUGGAACAGCACCUUUAACGUCCACUUGUGAUCGCUAAGGUGGAAGCCACACAGUGUCAUAUGUCAUUAGUGUUGUAACGUGUUCUCUGUAUGUAUGUGAUGUUAAUAAAUGUCAGAAUUUGCGUAUUGCGCAAUAAACCGAGUGAGACCUCUACUUGCAUUACCCGUAGCGGUGACGUUUCUGCGUGAGCGCCUCUCUCUCUCAGCACUUUCUGUGGUUUAUGCUGAGGAAGUUUCUCAGAGCCGCAGACACUCUCUGAGACGCAGUGACACGGUCUGUAUGAGCUGCAGCAUCAUGUCCAACGGGGCAAAACAAGCUGAAGAGGUCUCUACGAUGGACCGGAGCCCAAAAGACCACUACAGAGACAUCGCUGAGGCAACACAGACCCUGAGGGACGGCCACCAUAACCUGCAGAGGAUCGCGGACUACUGUGAGAAAAACUACACGGAGGCUGCUGACAAGCAGAAGGCUCUGCAGGACACCAUGUCCCUAGUGACCCAGACGCUGGCCAGUGUGGCUUGCCAGGUGGAGGUGGCUGCCCGCCAUGUGGCCUACGUGUUGGAGGAGCAGAGCCAGACCCUGGUGCGACAUGAGAUGCAAAUCCGCCUUAUCUCCCAGCUCGUAGAUAUUCACACAGAAAGGGUUUCCCGUCACAAAAUUGGGACUUUGACGACAAGGAAGAGAACAAAACAUCCUCCGAAAAUCCAAAGUGAGGAGAAACCGGGUCGACCGACUUCCUAUACCCGAGUGCCUAUUAAUUUCACAAGUCUCGACCAUGUGGGUCGCGGGGUGACGGAUUCAGAUUCCCAGUUCUCGAGAACCGGAACCAUGUCCCGCAAGGUUAGCGUGAAAUCACAGACACAGGGCGGCGUUUUGGGGAGAAAUUCUCGAUUAAAAGAUCCUAUUCUUCCUCCUGUGCUUCCUGAGGGGAAGUUUCCUCUACAAUCAACAGCACAGUUUCCCGACACGCCGUCUCCGGUAUCGCCUCGUCCUAACGGCACAAUAUGUGACUUCAUUCCUCCUCCUCCUCCUCCACCUUCAUCCGUUCACCAGGAUUCAGAGCCCCCGACAGCUGAGAUGAACCACUUGGCAAUAAUGAAUGAGUACCAAUACGACGCUGAGCUCUCUGACUACCCUUCUACAACAGAGCCCAGUAACCUGCCUCCGCCUGUCGAUUACGAAAUGAAUGACUUACCCUGGUUUCCCAAUUCCAUAGAGGAAGAAAACGGUAUUUCAUUGCAGGAGUUUGGUGACUCACUCCCACCCCCACCUCCACCGCCAGAUUAUGAAAUGCGCGAAGACAUUUGGCCGCAAGAAAGAGUUACUGAUUUCCAUUACUGCUUCUCCUCUCUGGACCAUCUUCUUCCUCUUCCUCCUCCUCCUCCUCCAGACGCCUAGACAGGUUUUCUUUGAUUAAUUGUACUACUCUUACUAACGAUGCGCUCUAUACGUUGUAAUGCCAUGCUGGGAGAAUAUAUACACCUAUAGUUUUAUUGCUUUCCGCCCAGUGGCUCUUCCCGGAGUGUUACAUUGUAAUAGGUAUCUUUGAAUCUAAGACCAACGACUGAUUAAGGUCUGAGUCUUGGGUCCCGGGUAUUAAAUACACGUUGUUGUAAAGUAUUAUCUUUGAAGAACAGGUUUUAGUUCCUUUGUGUAAGAAUCCAGCUUAAUAUCCGAAGCUGGGAACUUAGAACAAAGAGCCGAAGCUUCCCAGCAGACACAGCGGUAGAGAUUUGUUUAGAAAUAAAAUGUAUUGUAAUUGAAAUGUUUAAAUUGAACCCAUUGUACAGCGCUACGGAAUAUGAUGGCGCUAUUUAAAACAAUAAAUAAUCGUUUUCCGUGUGGCAAA